GCAGAGAGACCGCGCGUCUCUGCCUGGAAGGGGUUAGAGGGUUUGCUCGUUUCCAGUCCUGCCCAUUCUCACUCAAAGAGGAGGAACGAGAGCAACCAGUGCUGCGGGAGUUUUGACACCCCCAGUCUUCAGAUAGGAUGCUGACACCUUCACACCAGAGAGAACCUGCUAAAUAUACCCACCGGUGCCCGUCUACGCACGACAAAGAGGACGGCAAUCAGUCAUUGAAGGGAGUGACCCGACCGCGCGCGCUGAAGCGCCCACAGCCCGCUGUCAACGAGCCGAGGACGCGCUGUCAAGCCGCUCCAGACUUGGAUUAUGAAAUUUCACAGCGCUGACUGACUGUGCAAGAAUCUCCCGCUUUUCAGGGCUGUGAGUUUUCUUCUUCGCGUUAUGGAACAGGAGACAGCGGUUCCCUGAUCUGAGUGACAGGAUCUCUCUCCAGCUUCCAAACUACCACGCGGAUUCAAAAAUUAUUCAUACACGAAAUCCUGAGGAUAUAACGGAACAGAUUUUGAGGAUGUACUGGAGUUUGCUCUGUGUGACUCUAACGGGAUUGUCCGUGGCUCGCGCUCUAACGGAAAGUCCCUGCGGUGGGAAAAUCACAAUCUCCAGCGCCGGGUAUGUGACCUCUCCUGGUUACCCGUCUGCAUACCCGGUGAACCAGCAGUGCAGCUGGCUGAUCCAGGCGCCUGAUCCACAGCAGAAGAUCCUCAUCAACUUUAACCCGCAUUUUGAUCUGGAAAGCCGGGAAUGCAAGUAUGAUUUUGUACAGGUGUUUGAUGGUGUGGAUGAGAAUGCUUUCUCUCCUGGGAGGUUCUGCGGCAAAAUCGCUCCAUCUCCGAUUAUCUCUAGUGGAAACUCUUUACUCAUCAAAUUCACCUCCGACUAUGAAAGCAGUGGAGCCGGAUUCAGCAUCCGCUAUGAAAUACACCGCACAGGUACUGAAUGUUCCAGAAACUUCACAGAACCACACGGAGUGAUUCAAACCCCCGGUUUCCCUGAUAAGUAUCCAAACAACCUGGAGUGCACUUUCAUCAUCUUUGCACCCAAGAUGGCAGAGAUCGUUUUGGACUUCCAGAGCUUUGAUAUGGAACCGGACACAACCGCACCUGUGGGGGCCGUCUGCAGAUUUGACUAUCUGGAGAUAUGGGAUGGAUAUCCUACAGUGGGGCCUCACAUUGGUCGAUACUGUGGUUCCAGACAGCCAGGUCGUGUGAUCUCGUACACCGGCAUUCUCUCUCUCAGCAUCCACACCGAUAACGCCAUCACCAAGGAGGGCUUUUCAGCCAAUUACAGCAUCCGAACCAGCUCAGACUCAUCUCAGCCGCACCAAGGUGAGUGUAUGUCUCCUUUAGGGAUGGAAAGUGGUGAGAUCACAGAAGACAGGAUAUCUGCAUCAUCACAGUAUAAUCCCAGCUGGUCUCCGCUGCGCUCCAGACUGAAUUUCCCUGACAACGGCUGGACGCCGUCAGAGGAUUCUGCUCGGGAGUGGAUACAGGUGGACUUGGGUUUCCUGCGGUAUGUGACGGCCAUAGGAACACAAGGUGCCAUUUCAAAGGAAACAAAAAAAGCUUACUACGUCAAAACAUACAAGAUCAGUGUGAGCUCAAAUGGAGAGGACUGGAUUACCCUGAAAGACAAAACCAAACAGAUGGUGUUUGAUGGAAAUCAAAAUCCCACAGAUGAGGUACGUGCCAGGCUGCCCAAACCCACCCUCACCCGUUAUCUACGGAUACGACCUCAGACCUGGGAACAGGGCAUCUGCAUGCGUUUCGAGGUGUACGGAUGUAAAAUAUCAGAUGCUCCAUGCUCCAGUAUGCUAGGGAUGGUUUCAGGUCAGAUUUCGGACUCUCAGAUCACAGUGUGGCCAUCGGCAGAGAGGGGCUGGCUCCCAGAACAGGCCCGGCUCCUAACCGGCCGAACGGGCUGGGUGGUCGCUCACCCGCAGAAUCUCGGGAAGAACCAGUCACUGGAGCUGGAUCUAGGGGCCCAGCGGAUGGUAACGGGUCUCAUCCUGCAGGGAGGGAAAUACAGAGAUGUAAAUAUUUUCAUCAAACGCUUCAGAGUUACAUAUAGCACGAAUGGAACGGACUGGAGCCACAUACUAGAGAAGAACAGCAACAAAGUGAAGGUGUUUAUGGGUAAUCAGAACCAUGACACACCAGAAGUAUGUACUUUUGAUCCAGUGCUGAUGCGUUUCCUGCGUAUCUACCCUGAGCGUGGCUCUCUUGAAGGCAUUGGGUUAAGGCUGGAGGUUUUAGGGUGUGAACUGCAAGAGUCCACAACGCCUCUUCCCCUCACCACCACCAUGGAAACUACAGUAGCUACCGUCACUAGCGCUCCAGGGAAUAUUCCAAUAACCACCACUAUUCCAAUGACAGUGGAGAGUUGCGAUGAUGAUGGCAACUGCCAUAGUGAAGCAAUGACAGACUAUGACACAACAGAAACUGCAGUUGCAGAGCCAUUUCUGGAAUUGGAAGCAGUACCUGCAUACAUCUGGUUUGCCUGUGACUUUGGCUGGGCUGAUAACCCCUCGUACUGUGGAUGGAGCCAAGAUGGAGGUGAAGGAGCCGAAUGGCAUAUAAAUAACAACAGCAAAUACGCUGAUCACAAACUGCCUAAUCUGGACCACACAGGGAUGCCUCACAACUUCAUUUACGCAGGUUCUAACACAAACACACAGAUAGAGAUCGAGAGAAAAACUGAAACAGAGACAGAUGAAGAACUGUCGAGAAAAGGAAGAGUGGCGAGGCUGGCCAGUUUGCCGGUCACGGCCCCAAAUUCAAACCUGUGCAUGUCAUUCUGGUACCAUUUCACUGAGAAACACAAAGGAACUCUGAACAUCAAGCAGAAGAUAGAGCCAUUAGAGGUGGAGGAGGAGAGAGAGGAUGAUGAGGUUCUGAUCCGCUCUGUGAACGGCCAGAUGAAAAGCAGAUGGAGGGAAGGAAGAGUUCUGAUUCCCAGUGCCGACACUCCUUAUCAGGUGAUCAUUGAGGCUCAAGUGAAUCCUACAGAAUCUGGUUACAUCUCACUGGAUGAUAUAAAGAUACUGGAUGAAGUGGAUCCUGAAGAGUGCAAGGACCCAGAUAAUACAGAAGGUGAUGAAGAUGAAGUUGAUGAGAUUGUGAACUGUGAGGGGGCUGACAACACCUUGUGGAGUUUUGGACGCGGCUCCAUGCUGAAGAGUUUAGACCCCAUCCUGAUCACCAUCAUCGUGAUGAGCGCUGUGGGAGUCCUGCUGGGUGCCGUGUGCGGGGUGCUGUUCUACUGCGCGUGCGCUCACACUACAAACAGGAACCUCUCCGCUCUGGAGAACUACAACUUUGAGCUGGUGGAUGGAGUAAAACUUAAGAAAGAAAAACUCGGUGCACAUAAAUCUUACACAGAGGCAUAAGGAAUGCUGGAUGAACCCAGGAAACAUUUGCGGGACAAUGUUGGAGGAACGUUCUUAGAACGUUUUUUUUUUUGACGUUUCUCAAGGCGGAGACUGAGGUUAUUCUCAGGAUGUGAAGGAAGAGGGACUGGCCUCUAGAGGACGCUGUGUAUAGAUUGUACAGCCAGACGAUGAUUGUCUACUUGUUUGUUUGUUCGUUUGUACAUUUGUUGCUGGUGAUGAGACCAAGACAAAAUGAUGUAUCCUCUCACAAAGUUGGAUUUUUUUUUUCUACAAGCCCCCUUUGCAGAGCUGUACACAACUGGGUUUUCAGUGUUAUUGUGCUCAUUUAUGCUUGGAGACGUGUUUGUUCAGUUGGUAACUCACUCUUCAUUCCAAUGGUGCCUUUAAACGUGUGUUUGUUGCCUUUUUACACAUGGGUUCCUCCUUACACAGACAGUCAUUUGCUCUUGAGCACAAACCGUUCACAGAUACAGGCCAAUACAGGUCAGAGGUCAGUAUUGCAUCUAAUAUAUCUCAACAGAACAUACGCACGACGUCUAUGUCAAUGUUAAGUAUCUAGAUUCGGUUAAGUAUCUAGAUUAGGUAUCGCUUUUAUUAGGUUCAUCUUCACACUAUAUAUAUUGUAAAACAGCAGUUCAUAUGACAUUCCUUGAGUCAGUGUUUUUUUAAACAAAGGAAUAUUAAUGUGGAAAUCUUCUUUCAGCUGCCCAUGUGACAUGUCUGUAAACGUGUUGCCAUGGUAUCGAGUGACAUCAUGUUUCAGAAUGGCAUCAUAGUGUCUGCAGACCAUCUGUGAAAAUAGUGUCUUCUAGACUGGACCCCUCCUGAUCAGGAGACGCUGGGGAGAAGCUCACUCUGGGAACGUCUGGGAAUGGAAGCGGAGACAAAGCAAAUGAAGCAUCUAAGAGCGCUAAUGUUGGAGCAUCUCCCCAAGGAAAUUAAUUAUAUUUGAAGGAUGUAAAAGGCAAAAACUGAUCCAUGCUCUUAAGCAUUGACAGGACAAUUUAAGAAAGAUGAGGCGACAAGUGCUGACAAAGGCAUCUGGGUCUAUUUCACACACAGCAGGAAAGCAGUUUGUUUUCAGCAGCUUGAAGGAGACACCAGAAACUUUUCUCCCACUCAAAUGAACCAACGUGUCAUUUUGCACUGAGAAUUAUAUUUAAUGAAAGAUUUAGAUAGUAAUAAAAGUGUUAAGUACUUUAAAUGGUAAGAGAAAUUCAACUGUCAGUGUAACAGCUCACUUUUUUUAUGUUAUUUAAAAUGAAAUGGUAUUUUUCGUAAUUGUAAUAGUUGUUUUUGUGUUCUGAGGAACUGAAGUGACACUGAACUGGCUUUUCAUCACA